GGGUGAUCCUGAGCUGUGCCCACCUCCCCGUGCACCCGCGCUGUUGCUGAGCAGUGCUGCACAGAGCUGGACACCUGCAUCCUUCUGCACAUGGAGCACGCCAUUCUGGGCUUGGUGCUGCUGCUCAGCACCAGGACUGAUGCAUCGGCUGCCAGGAGCAAGAAAGGCCCCAUAAAGGAGGUGGCGAUGGACAUGGCCCCCCACUCCUUUGAUGACCAGUACCAGGGCUGCAUCGACUUGAUGGAGGCUGAGCUGGAGGAGCUGAACCGCACCGAGUUCACCAACGAGGUCUAUGCUGAGGAAUGGAGAAAUGCCACAGAGAAGUGGCAGCGCCAAUGGGGUCGGGUCUCCAGCCCAAUGGUGCUGCGACAGGAUCAAGCCAUAGCCGUGCUGGCGUAUACAAUGGAGGGAGAACUGUACCGUGUGUUCAACAACGCCACGCUCACGGCUGGGCGCUCCCGGCAGCACUACCUGAGCUCCUACCCCUUCAAGACACUGCAUUUCCUACUGAGCAGAGCCCUGCACACCCUGCAGGAAUCCCAGCCCCAGCCAUGCUACAACGUCUUCCGUGGUGUGAACAACACCAGAUUCACAGCACAGCAAGGCACGGUGGUCCGCUUUGGCCAGUUCACCCCCUCCUCCUUCAAAAGGGAAGUCGCUGAAUCUUUUGGCCUGGACACGUUCUUCUCGGUGGAGACCUGCUAUGGUGCGCACAUCAAGGACCUCUCCACUUUCCCUGAAGAGGACGAAGUCCUCAUCCCACCCUUCGAGCAAUUCAGGGUCACCAACUCCACCUACACCGAGGGAAGAAGCUUCAUCCAGCUCCGCUCCCAGGGGAAGAGCAGCACCUACAACUGCGAGUUCGUGAAGGGUAAGGGCUGCAGUGCUCCAGAAUGGGGAGCUUGGGUGGAUCGGGGACACCGAGGACCGGGAGCGUGGGGAGGCUGUGCAGGCUGUGCUCCAUCUGCAGCCCCCCACAGCCAUUAAUGCCCAUCCCUGUUCUCCCCAGGCAGGAGCAGCCCCAUGGAAGCCCCGCACCUCUGGGGGCUCCUCCUGGCAGCCGCAGCCCUGGCAGCCCUGGGAAAGCCCUGAGCUCUCCACCAUCCCACCGCCGCCCCUCCAUAUGGACAGGAGGGCAGCAAUGUGCCCUCAUUGCAUCUCACGGAACCUGCAGGCGCUGCUUUCCCUCUGCUGACGCUUUCGGUGCCGCUGUUGGACGUGGAACGGCAGCACAGAACCGCCCACAGCUCCGCCACAGUAAUAAAAGCAUUGCUUUCGUGGCUUUUA